CCGUAUUGUAGAACCUACUUCCGCAUAAUACACACAACACUGCAUCGUCAUCAAUUUAAUGGAUAGCUCCUCUGUUGCCCCAAUGAAACCAGACAAUAAUGGGCAGUAUGAUGAAGACUACACCAACAAACACCUUUCAACAACAUCCACAUCCAAGAAAUCCUCUAAAGGUGGCUGGAAUGCUGCACUCUUCAUCAUCUUCGUCGAAGUGGCGGACCGGUUUGCCUUUUACGGCCUGGCCGGAAACCUGAUCAUGUAUCUCACUAACGUUCUCCGCCAGCCAAUGGCCACGGCGGCCAAGAACGUCAACUUGUGGGUCGGUGUCUCAUCCCUUUUCCCAAUCCUAGGCGCCUUGUUGGCCGACUCAUUUCUCGGCCGCUUCAACACCAUACUUUUGUCCUCCAUCAUUUAUUUGACGGGAAUGGUGAUGCUGACCAUCUCAUCAUCGGCGAUUUCUCUCCACUACCGGAAGGCGUUAUUUUUCGUGUCACUGUACGUGUUAUCGGUGGGCGAAGGAGGCCAUAAGCCGUGUGUUCAGACCUUUGCGGCCGACCAGUUCGACGAGCAGACAGCGGAGGAGAAAAAGGCUAAGAGCUCUUUCUUUAAUUGGUGGUAUUUGGGGAUCGUUGCUGGAGCCACCGUGGCCAUGAUACUGGUUAUAUACAUACAGGACAACAUAAGUUGGACUAUCGGUUUUGGAAUACUGGCGGCGGUGUUGGCAGCGGCUCUAGGGCUGUUUCUGCUGGGAAUAAAGCGCUACCGAAAUCAAGUCCCUGUGGGAAGCCCCUUGACAACCGUAGCAAAGGUAUUGGUGGCGGCGGCUCUGAAGUGGCGCGUGGGUGAGACGCGCGGCAUAUAUUAUGGAAAUGACGUAGUGGUUGAGGGGCCCGUAGUUGAUGGUCAACUGGGUGCUCCGCCCUUGACCCCAACCAAUAAAUUCAGAUUCUUGAACAAGGCAACGAUCAUCGCUAACCUAGAUGAGUUAAGUGAAUGUAAAACUUCAUGGAGAUUGUGCUCAGUGACUCAAGUAGAAGAAGUGAAGCUCGUCCUUCGCCUCAUUCCCAUAUGGUUGAGCUGUCUUAUGUUCAACGUAGUCCAAGCUCAACUACAUACCUUCUUCACCAAGCAAGGCAGCACAAUGGUCCGCUCCAUUGGACCCCACUUUCUACUUCCACCAGCAUCACUUCAGAGCUUCGUCGGCAUCACCAUUCUCGCUGCUGUCCCAAUCUACGACAAGUUUUUUAUUCCCUUCGCCCGCAAGUUCACCGGACACCCUUCUGGCAUAACCAUUCUGCAACGCAUCGGCUUUGGCCUCUUCCUUUCCAUACUCAACAUGGUUGUUUCAGCUUUAGUGGAAUCCAAACGCAUCGAAACCGCGUCGACGCACGGGCUCUUGGAUAGCCCUAAGUCAGUUGUUCCAAUUAGAGUUUGGUGGUUAUUACCACAGUACAUGAUAUGUGGAGUGUCCGAUGCAUUUGCUGUGGUGGGACUCCAAGAGUUGUUUUAUGCCGAAAUGCCUGAGGGGAUGAGAAGCUUGGGGGCUGCAGCUCAUAUUAGUAUUUUGGGAGUUGGAAACUUCUUGAGUGGUGGGAUAAUAUCUCUUGUUCAGGUGAUUAGCUCUAGAUAUGGUCAUGAUCAGAGAUGGCUUGGGGACAAUUUAAACCGUUCUCAUCUAAACUACUUCUACUGGGUCUUGGCUGCACUGAGCGCAAUAAAUUUGGGUCUCUAUAUUUGGAUUUCUAAUGGAUUUGUCUACAAGGAUAAUCAUGUAGAAGGUCAUAAAAUAAUUAAGGUAAAAAAUGAGAGGUCCAAGUUUCAUGUUGACAAUGGUGAAGUAUGAUGCUUAGUUUUAAUUAUAUAUAGUUUGUUUAAUUUACCGUUUUAAGCGAUAGGUGGUAUAUGUGGUGAAAUAUAUGUAGACCUUUAUGAAUUUUGCGAACCUGUUCUCUUGUUACUUUGCCUUGCAAUAUAUGUGGACCAUAAUUUCACUA